CAGGAAGUCGCGACAGGUGCGCGAGCCACGCCCUCAGAAACCCGAAGCCCUCUGACAGAGUUCCUCCCGACUCACCUAGUUUCGUCCACGACGGAUUCGCGCCGGACGGACGUUUGUGAGCCCCUCGACCGGGGAGACAGUUCUCUUGAAGACACCAAAAGACAUUUUCCGUCGUCGUAACCUGACUGGAGUACAUUUAUUUAUUAUUUUAUUUUUUUAAUUUGUUAAUUCGUUGACAAACACGAGACGAAACUCUCGGCGGCCGAAGGCCCGCAGGUUGAAAACGCACCUGACGCUACUCGAAUAAACAGAGGAGCGAAAAGAAGAAGAAGAAGCAGAAGUUCAGGUGUUUUUGGCUCGUAAUGGACUACAUGGACAGCGGACUGAGAUACACCCCGAAGCCGGACAAGGACUGGGACACCAAUAUCCAGUUCCUGCCCGCAUCGGACAACAAAAAGCUGGAGAAGAAGAAGGGCCCGGGGAUCGUUGGGGCCGUCAUCGGCGUGGUGAUCUUUGCUGCCGUCAUCGCUCUAAUGACCGGACUGCUAGUCUGGCAUUUCCACUUCCGUAAUGAUGUGCGACUUAAAAGGAUGUACAGCGGCUCCAUGAGGAUCACCAACCAGGGUUUCAUAGAUGCCUACGAGAAUUCCAACAGCUCCGAGUUCAAGGCGCUGGCGAGGCAGGUGACCUCACAGCUUAAAUCCAUCUAUUCCAAGAGUCCACAGUUGGCCAAGUACUAUGUUGGCUCUACAGUUCAGGCUUUCAGUGAAGGCAGUGUCAUUAGCUACUACCUGUCCGAGUUCGAUGUCCCUCAAGGCCAAGAGGCCUCUGUCGACUCAGCCAUGUCUUCAAUGGACAAGCUGGUGGACAAAGAGCAGCGACGCGUGGCCAGACCCAGCAACUCUCUGGUCCUUGAAGAUGUGAGAUCUUCAGCACUUGAUACCCGACUCCUUUCAACACCAUUCAGCAGAUAUAUGCAGUUUUCAAUGCAUACAAAGCCCAAUGAAAUCGGACAGAUCCAGUCGCCUGGCUUCCCUAAUAGUGCAUAUCCCCCCAACACCUUCAUCCAGUGGCAGCUUAGAGCCGACCCCAAGCACAUCAUCAAGCUCGACUUUGACACGAUGAAUCUGGAAGAGGACUGCAGUAAUGACUUUAUCAAAAUCUACGACUCCCUGGUGGCCAUCGAGAGCAGCGUCAUGGACGAGAUGUGUGGGUACCACUCACCUAGUCAACCUUUGACCUUUCUGUCUUCUGGCAAUGUCAUGCUGGUGACGAUGGCCUCAGAUAAAGAAAACGACUACCCGGGUUUCAGAGCAAAAGUCUCACAAGUCCCGCGCGGAAGUAAAGCUGUAACAUGCGGUGGCAAUCUGAUGGGUGAAAAGGGCACCUUCACUUCUCCCAACUUUCCAAGUUAUUAUCCUCCUCGGAAUUUGUGUCAGUGGUCAAUUCAGGUCCCUAAUGGCAAUGCGGUAAAGUUGACGUUCAAGACGUUCCUCUUGUCUGAGCCCGGGCAGAAGGACGGUGAGGACUGUCUCAAAGACUACGUGCAGGUCAACGGGAAGAAAUUUUGUGGAGAAAAGCCUGAAGGAACCGUAACAGAAACCAGCCAGACCAACACCAUGGAAGUUGUGUUUUUCUCUGAUGCCUCCUAUGUGGACCGAGGCUUUAAUGCGUCCUAUGAGGCCAUCAACGCCAAAGACCCUUGUCCUAAGCAGUUCCAGUGCAGAAAUCAGCGCUGCAUUAAAACAGAGCUCCAGUGUGAUGGCUGGAAUGACUGCGGAGACAUGAGUGAUGAAUUAGACUGCAAAUGCAAGCCACAGGAUAUCAGUUGUAAGAAUGGCUUGUGUAAGCCCAUGUUCUGGAAAUGUGACGGCGUAGACGACUGUGGAGACCAGACAGACGAGCUGAACUGUGGGUGCAAAUCCGGACUAGUUACAUGUAAGAAUAACGAAUGUGUGUCUGAGAAGCAUCUCUGUGACGGCAUAGACAACUGUGGGGACGGGUCGGAUGAGCUCAACUGCGGGAGAAGCACUGGUGUGCUCUGCAGUGAUCUCACUUAUAAAUGUAAAAACAAUAAAUGCAUUGAUACGGUGAACCCAGAAUGCGAUGGGACACCGGACUGCGAAGACGGAUCUGACGAGGAGAACUGCGACUGCGGGAGGAGUUUGUUUAAGACGUCGCGUAUUGUGGGCGGCGAGAACACACAAGAUGGGGAGUUUCCCUGGCAGGUCAGCCUCCACGUCAAAGGUGCCGGCCACGUGUGUGGAGCGUCCAUCAUCAGUCCACAGUGGCUGGUCACCGCUGCCCACUGUGUGCAAGAUGACCCCCGAACAAGGUACUCCCAGCCCGGCACUUGGGAAGCUUACCUCGGCCUUCACAUCCAAGGAAAUACCGCAAAGAACGUGGUGAAGAGGAACCUGAAGCAGGUCAUCGCCCACCCUAACUACAACGCGUAUACCUACGACAAUGACAUCGCCCUGAUGGAGCUGGACAGUCCUGUCACAUACUCUGAUUACAUCAGACCCAUCUGCCUGCCGUCCCCCCAACAUGAUUUUCCAGCAGGGAGCACUGUGUGGAUCACCGGGUGGGGCGCCACCCGAGAAGGAGGAUUUGCUGCAAAAGUGCUGCAAAAGGCCGAGGUCCGAAUCAUCAACUACUCUGUGUGCAACGAUUUGAUGAAAGCGCAGUUAACUUCUCGUAUGUUGUGUGCCGGAGUGCUGACCGGAGGAGUUGAUGCUUGUCAGGGGGACUCUGGCGGCCCUCUGUCCAGUCCGUCCGGCAGUCGCAUGUUCCUGGCGGGAGUGGUGAGUUGGGGUGAUGGCUGUGCCCGCAGGAACAAACCUGGCAUCUACACAACUGUCACCAAAUUCCGUGGGUGGGUGAAAGAAAAGACAGGAGUGUAGACCACUUGCGAAAAAAUCCAACAACUUCAUAGUGACAUGGACACGGACUUAUGACAAGUACCAGUGUAAAGGAGGUGGCUUCACUUGACGACUUGUUGUGUUGUGGCGCUGACUUGCGGUCCCAGCUUCGGUGGAUAUUGCACCAUUUGGUGAAAAGCAAUUGACACGCAUUUUAUGACUGUGAUUUUAUGAGGGUGGGGCUGAUGAAAAUGUUUUAAUGUAAAUAAAGGUUUUUGUGUGUUUUUAUUUUUUUGCCUUUGUUUUUAGCUCAUUUUGAUGGAGAACAAUGUUAUGUGCUGCCCGUAAAAUAGAUUUUAGGCGUGAUUGUUACACAAAUGAACGGUGCAUCCUUGCAAUCUCUUGUCUCGUGUUUUAUCAGUACAAACCAAUUGAAUGAAUUUCCCACCAGUUCCCUUGUUGUUCUGAAUUUUAUAAAUUAAAAUAAAAACAAUGACAGCCUUCCAUCUUACCUCCUAUGGCUUGGUAUAUUACUUACUGUCUUUUUAGUGUCCAGCAGAAAUCCCUGAAAAGUUAGUGAUGUGAUUGUUCUCCUGUGUAAGCACGGUCCUUCUAAUCAUUAAUGCCUUUUUCUAUUUACAGUUGUAAAGUGCAUUUAUAUCAGCAUAAAUAUAUUUUCAUGAAUAAGUACAGUAAGAGUCAAAAGUUUGUACACAUUGUUUCAUUCAAUGAGAAAGUGUGUCCAAACUUUUGACUGGUAUUGUAAGUUUUGUCUGAGAUUUUUCCGUUGCUUCAUAUAGUCUUCUGUGUAACUGUGGUUUCAUAGCUAAUAUUUUUAAAUAAAAAUAUUUCUGUUUUCA